UUGCGCUGUUGGCAGCGUCCCGUUCACGAGUCUCUGCGACCACAUCGUUCACCGUCUGCCCAGGCCGCGCGUUCAGCGGAAAGCCACGAGGUGAAGGAUAACACUGGUCAACACACUUUUUCUGGCAUAAGGACAACAAUGUACUUCCUGUGGUCGCUGCUUGCGGCGACUCUUCUCAGCGCCCUCGCAGAGCCGCAGUACAACACAGUUCAAGGCCAUUGCUCGGGGCAGAAUGGACUGCCGGGGAUUCCAGGAACUCCCGGGCAGCCUGGUCCCAUGGGCAGGGAUGGAAAAGACGGUCCGUCUGGACCAAGAGGUGACCCUGGUGCUGCAGGAAGCCGAGGUGAACCAGGAUUGCCCGGAAAGAUCGGACCCAGCGGAGCGGACGGGCCAAUUGGACCUCCAGGACUUCCCGGCCCAAAGGCAGACAAAAUAGACUUUUCAACGCUGCCAAAGUCAGCCUUCACUGCCAAGAUCUCUUCCUCAAAGCCUCCAGCGGAUUCACCCAUUAAGUACGACAUCGUCAUCUCGAACGAGCAAAACCAUUACAAUCCCUUAACUGGAAAGUUCACAUGCGUUCAUCCCGGCACCUACUACUUUGUGAUACACGCACACGUUCGCGAAAUCACCAUAUGUCUGUCCAUCAUGAAGAAUGGGAGCAAGAUCUCCAAUAGUUGCAUUGACUUUCACGCUGCCAUUCAUUCCAUGGCCAUGAGCGGGGGUUCAGUGAUGAAGCUGAAGGAGGGAGAUGAGGUGUGGGUUCAAUCGCAAAGCCCUUACGUUGGUCUCUAUUACCAACCCGGUUAUCGUGACGACACGUUUACAGGUUUUCUCUUGUUUCCCGACUAGGAAAAGAGUACUGUACACAUGUAACACAAAUUCUAGCAAACUUUCGAUUUACAAUCUAAAUAAUUAUGUACUUAGCUUAUACACUACUGCUAUGCGAAAUCCAAUUUGAGAAAAGUCAUUGGGAAUCCGGAGGCCCCUCGCCUUUAAGUGGCAUGCGGAGGAGAGGCACGUGAAGGAAAGCUCCUCCUCAUAAUCGCUCCCUCUCGUCGUGCAUCACUAAAUGUGGUGACUGACACCAGGGCGGUGAUUUCUCCCGCACCUUCCGACGAGCACGGUUGGCUCUAGUAUGGUGCGAAAGAAGUUAAACAUACGUAGAACUACAUGCGUACGUACAGAGAGCUGACGCUCAAUCAGAAGAAGCUGAGCCGGAGUGGGGAAUCACAGCGGAGGAGGGUGACCAUGUGAAUAGCUGUGCCAGAGGUCGCAAACGGGUUUUGAUUCCUUACCCGUACCCGUACCCGGCCGCACCAGGGUCGCAAACGGGUACCCGUACCCGUACCAAGCCGUACCCGUACCCCAACCGUACCCGGCCGGGUACGGGUGGGGUACGGGUAUCGGGUACCUGAUUGCGACCUCUGGGAUGAAGCCAUGUUGCAGGCGUGGGUGGGUUGAUUCUAGGAACUUGAAUUGUGAGAAGAGACAAGACGUUAGGAAAUGAGUGGCAAACGGUUACUCACCAUUGACUCACGGCCUACCCGUACCCGGCCGCACCAGGGUCGCAAACUCUCCCACUCACUCACUCACCCACCCACCAAUUCAGCUACUCACUCACUCACUCACCCACCCACUCACCCACUCACUCACCCACCCACUCACCCACUCACUCACUCACCCACGCACCCACUUACUCACCCACCAACCAGAGGUCGCAAACGGGUUUUGAUUCCUUACCCGUACCCGGCCGCACCAGGGUCGCAAACGGGUAUCGGGUACCCGGUUGCGACCUCUGAGCUGUGCUUUCGAGGAAUGCCGUGGCUGAGUGGGAAUGUGGGCAAUCACAGGGAAGGGCUGACCGUGGGAAUGGCUGUGCUUUUGAGGGACGUGGUGUGGAGAUAGUGAAAUGGAAGAAUAUGUGAGACAGCGGAGGCAAGACCAGAGCAUGGGUUAAUGUUUAAUUCAGCAACAUAUUUCCACAUCUCCGAUUGGCACAGUUGGAUACGAAAAGUGCGAAAGACGGUCAACAUACAGUAAGUACAUACAACAUUUAAGUAGAUGUCUUUUUUAAAAUGGAUUUCGUUAUACGGUUGCAAAUGACGACGAGAUACACUCAUGUGAAAAUAAAAGUAUUCGAAAACGGA